AUGACUCAUUCAAAAGCAUAUAUUCCUUUACAUGCUCUUCGUAAAAUUGAUAUACAAUCAAUACUUAGUAUUGCUUUCCCAUUGUUAAAUGAUGAAGAAACUCAAAGACGAUUUGAUUAUCACCAUAGUCGUCGAACAAUGCUUCAUUUUUUAUUAUCAAUAUAUAAUACAUCAAAUAAUGAACGAAUAACUAAUUUAAUAAAUGAAUGUUCGUCAAAAAUUGAUUUAUCACGUGUUGAAAAAGAUUAUUAUAGUUUAAAAAAUAUAAUUGAGCCAUAUCAACAACAAUAUCAUGCUGAAAAACUUGGUAAUUAUUGGGAGUUAAUAAAAGAAGCGAAUAGGCCAGGUCCAAUAAAAGCAAAUGAAUAUAUAUCAAAAUAUCGUGAAAAUGGUUUUCAAGAAAAUGAACUUAAACUAUAUUGGAAUUAUGAUCAAAUUCGAGAAUUAAUUGAAGAUGAUCGUUUUAAUCCCGAUACAGAUAGUGAUACACAUGAUGCUCUAUUAACAUCACCUGUUGAUACACGUGAAAAUUCUGGAACAAUACAAUUUAUUCAAGCUGGCAUUCAAAAUGCUGUUUUUCAAGUUCCAGAAGGCAAACAAGUUAUUGUUCUUGAUUUUGCUGAUGAACGUAUGCCCGGUGGUUAUUUUCUAGAGAAUGCUCGAACACAAGAAGAAAUUAUUCUAUAUCAUUCUGAUGGUUAUCGUGCAUUGUUAGAUUUAAAAUAUAAAAUAAUGGAUGGAGGUUAUAUGUUACCUGAGUUUGGUGUAGCUUAUAUCAAACAAGUACGAUUUUUUCAGGAAACACCUCCAGAAGAACGUGUUACGGAUUUGAUAGUUGCUGCUUGUUAUGAUUUAUCUGGUAUGGGUGAAGGUUUAUAUAAACCACCAUCAUAUGAAAAAAUUGAAGAUUUACGUGAUCGUACAUAUCAAAAAUUUCAAGCUAUCGUAGCAUCAGCUGUUGCUAAUACGGAAGGAAAUGGUGAAAAUACAUAUUUAUUAUUAGGACCUAUUGGUACUGGUGCAUUUGCCAAUGAUAUGAAAAUGAUAGCUGAAAUAUUUUCAAAAAUAUUAAAUGAACCAUUAAUGGGUUCUAACAACCCUAUACGAUACGCAUUUGAUCAGAUCUGGUUUGUAUCAAUUGAUAAUCUUGAUGUAUUUGCUAGAGAAUUUGAAAAUGAAAUAUAA